UGAACACGUAAAAAAAAGCCAAACGUUUGUGUAACCCUCUUUGAAAGGAGCCUGAAUGAAUUCAUAUGACCACUCUACAAGUUUUCACUAGUGUUAGCCUUCAGUCGUCCUUCCUCAACACGGCAAACAUGUCUCUGUCAAGCAAGACCUACAAACCUGUGAGCCAUGUACUUUUCGACAUGGACGGAUUAUUAUUAGAUACAGAGCGGCUGUACACUGUGUCCUUCCAGGAAGUAUGUGACCGCUUUGGAAAGCAGUAUACGUGGGACGUGAAGUCGUCGGUGAUGGGGAAGAAGGCUCUGGAUGCUGCCCAGAUUAUUCGGGACUUCCUUGAACUCCCCAUGACAGCAGAGGAACUCCUUGCUGAAACCAGACAAAUACAAGAAAGGAUAUUUCCCUCUGCCAAGCUGAUGCCAGGUGUAGAGAGGCUGGUCCGCCACCUGCAGAAGCACAGCAUCCCCAUAGCGGUGGCGACCAGCUCAGCAGGCGAGACAUACAAGCUGAAGACGAGCCACCACAAAGCCUUCUUUGAUCUGUUCAAUCACAUUGUGCUGGGUGACGACCCCGAGGUGAAGAAUGCCAAACCCCAGCCAGACUCCUUUCUGAUCUGCGCCAGUAGAUUCAAUCCCCCUGCCUCCCCUGCAAUGUGCUUGGUGUUUGAAGACGCUCCCAACGGGGUGAAGGCGGGGCUGGCAGCGGGGAUGCAGGUGGUGAUGAUUCCCGACGACAACCUGGACCCGAGCCUUACCCAGGAGGCCACGCUGCGACUGAGGAGCAUGGAGGAGUUCCAGCCCCAACUCUUCGGCUUGCCCGCCUACGACUGAGAACCACAGCUGCAACAUAGCCGUGUCAUUCUGUCUUUCUGCAAAACUCUGCUCUCGCACUUGAAACCACAACGAUCAUGGGAGAAUCGGAUUCUUUUUCCUGGUGGCCUGAUCAUAUUGUAGGCAAAUAUUGAUGUUUUUGUUUGCACCAAUUAGCGAGACUUCUGUCUUCUGUCAGACUGUAAUGAGAUGACCUCAGCUGAAGCCUUUUAGCUAUUGUUGCUCAGGCAAGCUUAUUAGCCCUCAAUCUUGUGGCUGCUUUUUGGCUGAUUCCAACACGUGUUCCCCGCAUCCUUACGUCUGAGAAAAAUCCAUCCUCAUGUUUCCCUCCGUAUACCUCCUUGUGUUAUAGCGGGCCCGCUGAAAUGCCAAAAACACUACUUCCCCACGUAGUGUAAUCCAGUAAAGAGGUUGCGAGUCGUCCUCGCCCUUUUCAUCUCAAUUCGUGUCUGCCUCCGCAUUUGCUCGAAUUCACAUGUUCCCUCCCCUCUCGCCAAAAAGGCUUUAACAGAGGGCGCGCUGAAAAAGCCCGACGCUGUGGCUCCCUCGGGCUGCUGAAAUAGGAUUUUACUGCGCUCCCAUCCACUUCCCCUCCAUGCCUCCCUGGCCUUUCAUCCUCAAGCAGGGGUAAUCUCCUCAGCCUUUUUUUUUUUUUUUUCUUCUCCUUUCCUACUCACACACUUGUGCUCAUCACUCGGCAUUUUUACAUGUCAUUUACCCUCCCCUGCCCUAAAGUGUGUUUCAUCUCUUUGUGUGCGUGUGUGUGUGUCGUACAGACUUACCAUGAAAGUGAUUGGAGUGUUAAAUGGGAUGUCGGUAUUUUGAUGUUGGUUCAAAUUGAAGUGCUGCAUGAAAAUAACACCGAAUCAGACACCAAAAUGACGCUGUAUCGCAGCUUUUUUUUCUGCCAUGCAAAUGUAUGUUCACUUUUAUUACCAAAUAAAGAAAUUCAGAA